AUGGAUUUACUGGGCCCCAUGGAAAUGACGGAGGGUUCUCUCUGCUCCUUCGCAGCCGCUGAUGACUUCUACGAUGACCCGUGCUUCAACACAUCGGACAUGCACUUCUUCGAGGACCUGGACCCCCGGCUGGUGCAUGUGGGGGGUCUAGAAGCCAGCAGUGACAGCAGCGGAGAAGAGCAUGUGCUGGCACCCCCGGGACUACAACCCCCUCACUGCCCCGGCCAGUGUUUGAUCUGGGCUUGUAAAACUUGCAAGAGAAAGUCGGCCCCCACGGACAGACGGAAAGCAGCCACCCUGCGGGAGAGGAGGAGACUGAAGAAGAUCAACGAAGCCUUCGAGGCUCUGAAAAGGCGGACUGUGGCGAACCCCAACCAGCGCCUGCCCAAGGUGGAGAUCCUGCGCAACGCCAUCCGCUACAUCGAGAGCCUGCAGGCACUGCUGCGGGAGCAGGAGGACGCUUAUUACCCGGUGCUGGAGCACUACAGUGGGGAAUCGGAUGCCUCCAGCCCCCGCUCCAACUGCUCCGAUGGCAUGAUGGAGUACAGCGGGCCUCCUUGCAGCUCUCGCAGAAGAAACAGCUAUGACAGCAGCUACUACGCAGAAUCACCAAAUGAUCCAAAGCAUGGCAAGAGUUCUGUUGUUUCCAGCCUCGAUUGCCUCUCGAGCAUUGUAGAGAGGAUUUCCACAGAUAACUCCACAUGUCCUAUACUGCCUCCAGUGGAAACUGUUGCUGAAGGGAGUCCCUGUUCCCCCCCAGAAGGAGCGAAUCUGAAUGAUAGCGGAGCCCAGAUUCCUUCCCCUACCAGCUGCACCCCACUUCCCCAAGAUAACAGCAGCAGCAACCCUAUCUACCAAGUGCUAUAAAGGCAGGUCCGGCUUGACUGCGCUGAAAAGAAAUUGCUCCAUUCAUCCACGCUCCGAGACCUGCCUUCUAAGACUGAAGAGACUUCUUAAGACUUGUUCCAGUUUUAAAAUAUCACUCAAAAUUCCUUCAACUAUAUAACUUUUCAAACCUGUAUUACUUCAAAAUACACCCAGUUAUUUAUUGGUUGUUAAACUAAAGUUAUUUAAUAUGUCUAGA